UCCCCCUUUCCUCCCAUAUUUCCCAUUAUGCCGGCAAUGGUCCUCGAACAGCCUCGCCACGGCAAUCCGUGUCGAAACUACCGGCUAUUCAUCAAGCAUCUCGAUAUUGCGGUUGGAGAAGGAAGGGGUGGGGAGCAAUCUUCGGCAGGCUGCUCAUGUGGCCUCCGCCACGGCCUGCCGGAGAUACCGACGCCUCCUUUAGCGGCGCAAGGCAGCUGACUAUGGCCGAAUCGAGCUCGAGCCCGUGAGAGCUUGGGCUCCCUGUGUGAAGCCUCCUACG